CGGCGCGCACGGCAGCGGCCGAGCACGUAUGUGACAUGGCGUCCGGGUAGAAAGAAAGUUAACUGCUAAAUAAGCGUUAAUGUUGUUCUUAUGACAUUGACCGACCGAAAAGGGAACAUCCGAGGCCGCGAAUUUCCCACAGACACUGGCAUUGAUGGUAAUGCAUGCGAGGAAACCGCAAAGGAUCAGCGAUGGAACGCAAAAUACAGCAGUUCUAAGGGUGGCUAUUCCUCCUCGACCACAUCGUCGGAUGGUCGCUACGAGGGGCGAAUGCGCGAUUCUCCAAAUGGUAACUCUUACAGUCCAGCAGGCAGCUUGGGAAUGGGCAUGGGGACGGACCGGGACAGUCCUCGGAAUUACACAUCCAAGCCUCUUUACAAGAAGGAGAGAGAAAAUAGAGACUAUAAAUUAUCCUCUUCUAGGGACAAGUAUUCCGAUUGUGCACGAUCCCCAAAAGACAAGAGAAGCCGUGAGAGCAGGGAUUCGGAACACAGGACCAAUCAUGAUAGGAGUAGUGGGGAGAUCUUACAUCCCAUAAAAUUAUCAUCAAACUCAUCAAGAGAAUCUUCAUCACAGAGAAAACCAUCACACAAUUCCUGUCAGGAUAAACGUGGUGAUGAGCGAGGAGGUGCAAUGGAACGUACAGCAAGGUUUGGAGAUUGGUCGGAACACAUGAGUUCAUCAGGAAAGAAGUAUUAUUACAACUGCAAGACAGAAGUUUCUCAGUGGGAGAAACCACGGGAGUGGAUAAAUCGGACAGAUAAUCGUCAACGGCAGUCUAGUGACUAUUCUUCUAGGUCAAGUCAUGAUAAACAUUCCAACUCGCGAUCAAAUAGCAGUAGCAGUAUGCGAGAUGGUAAAUCGUCGCGACAGUCUGACAAACGAGAAUAUUGGAGCGCGUGCGGCGGGAGUAGCAGUAGUAGUAACAGAGAAGAUGUUUCAGCAAGGGAAAGGGAGCGAGAAAAAGAACGAGAAAGGGAACGAGAACGCGAACGAGAAAGAGAAUCAUGUAGAGAGGAAGCUAGUGUGGAACGUCAAGCCCAGGAUAUGGAUAUCUCGCCAGGCGAUUCCACACCUACUUCGGAACCCGUGACAUCAUCUUGCGCUCACGAUCCACUGCCACAGGGCCCUGUUCUCUUGGCCGCCGCAUUACCUCGAUUAACAUCACAUCCACCGUCAACAACACCACAGACGGCUGGUAAACUUAGUUCGCCUACGCAACAACAAGGAAACAGUAACGCCCCGGGACCACCGGUGUCACUGGCAAAUCUCCCGAGACUUCUAUCGCAAAUCACGGGCAACAAAGAACAACCAGAUAUCACUCCACAGAAAGCAUUACAGACAAUUCAAACAGCCAUCUUGUUAUCUCGACAAUCUGCUAGUGGAGAUCGAAGUAACAAUGGAAGUGAUGUGAUGGUCCCACUAAAAGUUGAUACAAGUGGCAAUAUUACCAGCGAGGGUCCACCUACUCCCACACAUUCAGAAACCCAGGAUUGCAUUGACGCGCGAAAAUUAACGAGUCCUGGAGGAACAAAUUCCGGAGUACAAGGUCUGAGCUCAUUGCAGAGUCUCAGUACACUAGGAUCCCUUGGGAAUUUAAGUAAUACGGGAGGUUUACAGGCAUUAUCUAGAGUGCAGCCUCCCUUAACACCUUCUUUAACACCAUCGCUCGCUAAUCAUUAUCGGGAAGACUUGACGCAACAUGUGCGUGCCUUUCCCGCCGAUAUUCUCGAAAAACAGGCACAGAAACUUAGUGAGGAAGCACACACAAUGGGCAGUUUACAAUGUACGAGAGUGUCUGCAGAAUUGAAAACAGCACGAUCGAUAGUGAGGCUGACAGAAAUCCAGGCAACGUUGCAGGAACAAAGGAUAUUAUUCCUCCGUCAACAAAUUCGAACACUGGAGGAAUUAAAAUCCCAAAAUUCCUUCAUGUCUGACGAUUCUUAGUGUAAGAAUCUUUAUAAAAUAAUUAUAAUUAAAAUCUAUAAUUCAAGCAAAAAUAAAACAUUAUUAAUAUUCUCAUUAAUAUUGAAUAAUUAAGAUUGUACCUAAAUUAUAAUAUCGUAAUAGAAGUGAUAUAAUAGCGAAUGAACAUGGGCUGCUCAGAGAGGAUCGGCUGUUACAUUUACCAGCCAAUGAGUCUUAACUAAAUGAAUAAAUUUAUUAUUAAAUAAAUUUAUUAUUAGUGAAUCCACCUCUCUGAGAAGCACAGAAGGCCUAUCCAAGUCGCAAAUACAACACUAAGUGAAUAGAAAAACGAAUCAAUUUUAUCAGUUCAAUGCAAACUGCUGAAUUGUAUAUCUGAAUUGUCCACAUUGUCUUGUAUUUACCUAUGUUAUACGUGUCAAUGUUUCAUAUCCCCAGAUUAAGCGGCAUUUUAACUAGUUGAAACAUUUUUGUUGUAAAUCUCGGAAUAAAAUUCGUGCCACAAG